UUUCCGGACUCGAUCAGCGAACAAUUCUUACCAAUCCAUUUCUACGGCUCAAAAAAUCAACUUUAUCAACCAGUGGGAAUCAAAUUCAGAAAUUGCUGCACUCGGAAAAAGAUAAUUGAAGGAAUACUGUGCGAAGAAGAUAAUGGCACGAAGCUUCGAGGUAAUUGCAUUUUGGAAGGCGAGCCUGAAAAGCGAGGUCCGAUAUUUUUCGUUGAAGAAAAGGACGCAUUUCCUCGACUGGAUCAGACCUUUAAAAGAGGAAAUUUCCUACGAUCUGCGGCUUGCUUGGAAUAUAUGCUCUGAAAGCUAGAUUUUAGGUUAUUUGGUGGUGGAAUCUGAUGUAAGUUGAAGCCAUGAGAUUUCCAUCAAGAUUUCUUGAAAAAUGUAUUCCUCUGCAGCGAAUCCUAGAUUUUUUUUCAUUUACGAAUCCUAGAAUUGUAGGAGAAUUACUUGUGUCGAAGAAAGCAACGAAUUUGAUUGCUUCGCGCUAGGGUUUACUCUCUACCUUCUGCUUUAUAACAGUAGAUCUACAUGCUACCGGAACCUUCGAACCCUAGGCUUUUAUUUAAAUAAAAAUCUGAUCUUGAACCCUAACUAAACAGCGCUUGGAGAAUUUAAAAUUGGAAACUUCAAUGGGGCUCCCCUGGUUCGCCAGUCGGAAAAACACGCCGGCUGAGCCGCAGCGGCGGCGUUCACAGGGUUUCAACAUUGUUUCUUCCAGAUCUCAACCUGGAAAGUCACCGUCCAGGUGGAAAACUUCAGGUCUCUGGCGCCGGAAAAGCUCGUCGAGAAGCGAUGCUUCAGCCGGCGAUAAGCUUACCUCAUUGGCAAGCGCUGCAGAACUGGAGAGCGUGUUCAACAAAUUCGAUGCCGACGGCGACGGAAAAAUAUCGGUGUCUGAGUUGAGGAACGUUAUGCGGUCGCUGGGCCACGAUGCCACAGAGGAUGAGCUGCGGUUGAUGAUGGCAGAGGCUGACUCGGAUGGAGAUGGCCACGUGGACUUGGCAGAGUUCGUGGCGCUCAAUACACGUGGCGUGGAUAACACUGAGAGGUUGCAGGAUCUGCAAGAAGCUUUCAAGAUGUUCGAUGUUAAUGGCGAUGGAUCAAUCUCUGCUCAUGAACUUGAGAGUGUUUUAGGAAGAUUGGGUGAGACUUCCAGCCUCAAUGAGUGUCAUCAUAUGAUUGCCAAGGUGGAUGCUGACAGGGAUGGCAAGGUCAAUUUCGACGAGUUUUUGGCAAUGAUGUCAGCACCUAUUGCGCAUUAGGUUAUGGUAGGGCUGGAUGGAUCAUCGACUAUGUUAUCAUUGGGAUUGGUUGGAUCAUUGAGUGCGAAUCAAAAUGUUGAUGCAAACAAAUUUAGAGUUGAAUCCAAACACACUCGUAUGAACUAUGCCAUAUUUGAAAAAUCACAGUGUUCGAUAAAAUUUUUCUUGAGUGUAAAUAUUGUAUGCUAUAUUGAAAUGCUUUAGUUUUUAUGGUUUGGUACUUACCAUUAUUAGUCCCCACUUAAUGUUGUAACUACAUAAACGAGUGCUAAGUGGUUACUAGUAAGUAUCCUUUGUAAUCAAUUAUAAACAACUAUUUUCUAUUUAAUGUUACAUUAUUUAUUUUAAUGUAAAUAUUUAAUAUAUAAGCUAUACUUUGGUAUA